UUACUAAUGUAUUAAUUGACGUUAAUAUUAAUUUCAUAAAAAUGAUUUUAAGAAAAUUAUUAUUAUUGAGAAAUCUAAUCAAAGUUUUAUGUUUGACAGCACUGGUUACUGUUGAUCAUAUCGACUGUAUCCGACGUAUCGGUGCUAUUGUCUGCUCGUUUAGUCAUCACAUUCACGGCUACAAUAAGAUCUACUGUCUGGACGAAGACCGACCAUUUUGUUGUUACUCUAACUCAAUAAACAUCAGUCAAUCACUGAGUCUUGUCGAUCACUUUGAAGAAAACAUUACUGAUGUGGACAACAAUAUUACCGAUAAAAUCGUUUCAAUAGCCUAUUGCUGUGAUUUCAAAGAACUGAAAAAUCAAAACUAUGGCCUAUUUUUAAUAAUAACAAUCACUAGUAGUCUGAAUGGCAUAUUGUUUGUCAUAUUGAUUGUGGCAAUUAUAGCGCUGAUUGUGUUGUGUUGUAUGAAACCUAAAACAAGUACACAACGUCGGUCGUCAUCGUCGGUUAAAGUGAAGAGACGGGUGGCAAACAAUAAGACAGAAGCAAAAGACAGUCAAAAAUCUAAUGAAAAUAUUGAUAAAUGCAAGAAAUCAAUAAAAACCAAUAGUAAACAGUUAGCUAAAAAUAAUAACGAUAGCAAUGAAACACUUCCUCCUAAUGAUGGCAGCAAUGAAUCUCUCAAUUAGUUACAAAAAUAGUGACAAAU